CUUUCUUACCAGCCAUGGUUAACUCCGCAAUCCACGUUAUGAUGUACUCCUAUUACGGCCUCUCCGUGUUCGGUCCGAGAGUCACUCAGUAUUUGUGGUGGAAGAAAUACCUUACCAUUCUUCAGCUGAUCCAGUUCACUUGUGCCUUGGUUUUGGGGGCAAACGGAAUUAGAACAGGUUGCGAGUUCCCUCUUUGGAUGCAUUACACUCUGAUCAUCUACAUGAUGUCGUUUAUAGUGCUUUUUGGAAAUUUCUACGUCAAGGCCUACAUGGAGAAGGGUAACCAGGUCUUUUUCGGUAUGGAUGUUGGUUGUGGACAAGGAAAUACCUACGUUGAAAGGAAGAAGAACUAUCUGUCGCACAACGGUGUUCAAGGAGAAGAAGAAAAGAAGUACUUGUAGAGCUGGUUUUUGAUUAGAAACAAGUUUAUAGAGUUAUUGAAAAUCAAUCGAGAUCUUCCGUGCUCAAAAAGGGUAUUUUAACAAUUUAGCGUUUUGUUGUUUACUGUUGAUUAGUUUUGUAAGGUACUAAGAUUUGUAUAUUGUUUAAAAAAGUCAAUUACACAUAAAUAUUUAUUGUGAAUUUGAACGCGUGGUGCUUUUACUGUUUCAUUAUAUACCGAUUUUAAGUGUUGAAUAUCAUGUUUAAGAAUCACUGCCAUUUUGCUGAAACUCAAUUUCCGAAUUUGUGUGUACCUCCUCAGGAUGAAGGCUGAACGACACACAGUUUCAUUCGAGUAGUUUUUUGCAGUAAAGUACUUUCUUUUCAGAUAAUAUGUAUAGGUGAUACUGUUGAAAAUACAUUUUAUCGAACUAUC